CUCCAUGUGGUGUGACCUGGUAAUUGAUAUCGUUUUCUAAAGAUAACUUUUAGAAAGCGAUAUCAAGCUAAGAGCUACAAUAAAAAGAUUUAUAUAUUUUUUAAUUGGGAAACAAUAGUUUAAAUUCAGAAAAGUAUUUUCGAGAUUGCAAUAUUACCAUAUAGAACGUAUAACUAUAGUAAUUUUAUAGUUCCUGAAAAAGAAACUUGUAUGAUUUUUGACUAAUUACAAAUGACUAAUUACCUCCUUCUUUUCGAAGUCGGUUAAAAAUAAAAUAAAAAGAAAAUUACAAAAUAUGGAAUUUAGAAAAAACGAAGUUGUUUGAUACCCAAUGGUAGAAAGAAAUCAACCCUGGCGAAGAUAUUUCAAGCAGAGACGUUGUACAUUGGAAAGGUCGUAAAUUUCUUUAUCCAUGACUCUGGUCAGGCGCCAGAUCUCCUCCUUGUCCACAGAGCACAUUGUUUUUCAUUUGAUAGAAGUUCGCUACGUUGACUAAUAAAUAUCUUUUUUAUAACAAUUUUCGAGAGGAAUUCAUUAUUGAAUGAAAGUAAAAAUUUGCAUAAAUGGAGAAUUGAGGUGGCGCUUAAAUCGGUUUCUGUUCGACCUAAUUUUCGAUGAAACGUUGACUGUUUUACCGACGCGGAAUUCGAAGUUCGGCCUCCACGGUUUUUCUUGUACCACGGCAACUUGUACCUUCACCAAUCCAGUCAAAUAGUAGAUAAAUCCUUGAAGACCUUUUAUUAUGCUGUCUAUAAAAUGAUUGAAAAUAUAAUAGGGCUAGCAUCGCCCUAAGCAUGUAGCAGCAGCACCGACGAGUCGACAAAAUAAUAUAAUCUCGAGACUGUCAUACCAAUUGUGUUCUGUUCGUACAGACCUAACUUCACCUGGGGGUAGCUGGGAUCCCAAAAAUCAUAACCCUUUGAGAACAAAGAUAUGUUCAGUCUUUUUAUAUUUGUAGUCACUGUAAUGUGACAGGUCAGUCUGCAAGAAUGGCGACCAUGGUAGAAGAACAGAAUUCGAUUGACAUGGGUGAAGAUAAAGAAUCACAAUUCGACCAAGUCACUUACAAUUGGGUGGAUAUUACUCACGAAUUUUUCGAAGCCAUUACAGAGCUGGAAUUGGGAGAACUUUUACAUGAUGAGUUGUUUGGGUUAUUUGAAGCAAUGUCUGCGAUUGAAAUGAUGGAUCCAAAAAUGGAUGCUGGCAUGCUAUGUAAUAGAGGGAACAACAAACCGUGUACCUUCGCACAGGCUGUUGAUUCUGGUGCAUUAAAACUGGACAAUUUGACUCCAUCUGAAAUUAUAGGAAUAAUAGAUUCAACUUAUGCGUGUAUAGUGUCUUGGCUUGAAGGUCAUAGUUUGGCCCAAACAGUUUUCAUCAACUUGUACCUUCACCAACCCAGUCAAAUAGUAGAUAAAUCCUUGAAGACCUUUUGUUAUGCUGUGUAUAAAAUAAUUGAAAUAAUUAAAGACUGCAUCAAUAAAGCAUUAGUUUUUGAGGAAGAAGAUUUCCAAAGUGUUACUUAUGGCUACAAAUUGCAGCAGGAUAUUACAGAACAAAAAACCAUAUCCAUGCUGAGAGAAGUAGAAGAAGAAUUACAUAGGAAAAGUAGAAUAAAGCCAGUUGAUGUAGAAUCUGAGAAGGAAUAUAACGAUGGAUUAGCAUUAUAUGCUAGAAUUAGAUUUACUAAAAUGUUUUAUCAAAUACUGACAUUAAUGGGGAAAAAAGAGCAAUUACAACAAAAUUUAAAUGAUUGUCAUAGAUUAUUAACAAAUUGUUCGUACAUGAUUCAAGUCAUGAUUAAAACAGUGAAUCGCGGAGAGAAGGCUGAUGAGAUAUCAAACUAUCCAAACAUUAUGGGAUUUGAUCCUAUGGUGAAUCAAAGAUUAUUACCACCAACAUUCCCGCGUUAUACCAAAAUAAAACCAAGAACAGAGGCCCUGAAAUAUUUAGAUGAGUUACUAAAUAGAUUUCGUACAGUCACUAUGAUUACUAAUCAAAGUGGAUUUCAUGCAGCUUUGGACUUUUUUUUAGAAUUUUCACGACAAAGUCCAUGUAUAUUAUCCAGAUCAAUGCUGCAAAUUGUUUAUUUGCCAACAACAAAUCGAGUGUUUGGCGUUCAAAAUUUUGCCGACGUUCUGAAAGAUGCAGCGCGAAGUUUUAUCGCGCCUCCCGUUUUAAUGCCAAAGAGUACAUUACUUCAAAAUCAUCAGGCCAAGGAAUAUGUCGAUAGUUUUUUAUCUCAUUGCGUCAGCGUGUUUGGCAGUUUAUUGCAACUUACUGGUCACAACAGAGCUAGGCAGAGAGAUAAAUUGGCACAUUUAUUGGAGGAUUUUGCAACAUUACAAGAUGAAGCCGAAAGAGUAGAUGGAUUCUUACAUACCUUAUGCUCAAAAAUUGACACACACAGAUCACAUUUAGCAUGUUUUGGAACAUGGAUUUUAUAUCAUACGUUACGAGUUAUGGUUAUGUACUUGUUAAGUGGUUUUGAGCUUGAAUUGUAUUCGGUACAUGAAUAUCACUACAUAUUCUGGUACCUGUAUGAAUUUCUUUACGGAUGGCUUGUAUCAGCUAUUACAAGAGCAGAUACAUUCUUAAUAGAUCAAGAUGUACAUAACGAUACACAUAAAGGUAGAGGAGGUAAAAAGAGUGCUAAAAAUAAAAAGAAAAAGUCGACACCAAGACCGUAUGACUUAGAAAUAUUAAUGUACCAAGCUAUGCAAAAUAUAUGUGGUGGAUACUAUAAAGCUUUAGUAGGUUUUCGUAUGGAUGGGAAGAUACCACUUCCCGAGAUGCAAUUUGAUUCAGAACGAGUUCGGUAUGAACAUAGGUUACUACCGUUUUCUUCAUUAUUGACUCCGCCACCCGUUAAUUAUCCAGAAUUUAUAGAUAUGACUAAUGCACAGAUGCAUAAACGAAACGAGAAGGUUACUAGUGAAACGCAGUACAUAGCCGGGUGCCGUCAUUUUCAUCAAGCUAGGAAUAUGUUGGAAAGAGCAUUGUCCCUUUAUCCACCGAACGCUAGUACCGUGAAUGAGAUUAAUGAUUUAUUAAAAGUGGCGAAAACGAAUUUUGUGGUUCUAAAAUUACUUGCUGAUGGGCAUAAAAAGGAUUCUAAAAAACCUCCAGUAUUUGACUUUUCUUGUCAUCAACAUUUCCCACUGAUAAAACUAACUUAAAAUUCAUUUGUAAUAGCCAUCAUUUCAUGCUAUAAACGACAUAUUAUUUAUUCUAGCUUUAACCGUGUAAAAAAUAUUUUUGUGUUGUUGACUUUGGAUGCCUUUUUCUUUCAUUUAAUACAACCUUUGAAGCUCUUC